UACAGUCACAUGCUUCAAAAUGGCGGACGCCAGAAGUUGUUUGGUAACUCUGUUCCUGCUAUGUGUGUGUGUAAAUGCACAAUAUCAGCCAAACUGGGCUUCGAUAGAUUCCAGGCCCCUGCCAGCGUGGUAUGAUGAGGCUAAACUGGGAAUCUUUAUUCACUGGGGUGUUUUCUCCGUGCCCAGUUUCUCGUCGGAAUGGUUCUGGUGGAAUUGGAAGGGUGGUCAGAGUACCCCGGGUGUGAGGUUCUUCAUGCAGGAGAACUACCGGCCCGGUUUCACGUAUGCAGAUUUCGCUGCUAUGUUCACAGCGGAAUUCUUCAACGCCGACGACUGGGCUGACACAUUUGCAGCAUCAGGCGCACAGUACAUAGUAUUUACAAGCAAGCAUCAUGAAGGCUUCUGUAACUGGCCUUCAAAGGCAUCAUUUAACUGGAACUCUAUGGAUGUUGGCCCCAAGAGAGAUAUUGUUGGUGAACUUGCAACAGCCAUCCGAAACAAGACCAAGCUGCACUUUGGUCUGUACCACUCCAUGUUUGAAUGGUUUCACCCCCUCUACCUCAGCGACAAGGCAAACAACUUCACCACACAGGACUUUGUUAAGGACAAGACCAUGCCGGAGCUGUACGAGCUGAUCAACACGUACCAGCCGGACGUCAUCUGGUCGGACGGAGACUGGGAGGCUCCCGAUGUCUACUGGAACUCCACCCAGUUCCUGGCCUGGCUGUACAAUGAGAGUCCUGUAAAAGAUACUGUAGUCACUAAUGACAGAUGGGGAAAAGGUAUCGCUUGUCACCAUGGUGGCUUCCUCACCUGUAGCGACAGGUAUAAUCCAGGGGUCCUUCAAAAGAGAAAAUUUGAGAAUGCCAUGACGAUUGAUAAAUAUUCCUGGGGAUACCGACGUAAUGCGAGGAUCACUGACUUCCUGAGCACCAAGGACCUAUUGGCGACUUUCAUCCAGACUGUCAGCUGUGGCGGCAACAUGCUGAUGAAUGUUGGACCCACCAAAGAUGGCCUGAUCAUACCCCUGUUCCAGGAACGCCUGCUGAAUAUGGGCGAGUGGCUCAACGUCAACGGUGAUGCCAUCUACAGUACUCGCCCCUGGACUUUCCAGAACGACUCCCUCACCAACAAUACAUGGUAUACCUCUAAAGUGACGGCCAGUGGCCGGAAUGUGUAUGCUAUCAUCCUCGACUGGCCGAAAGGGGAGACUCUGAGCCUUGGCCGACCUUUGACCACGGUUGCCACCACAGUGAGCCUGAUGGGAUAUCCUGGGAAGUUCAACUGGAAGGAGAGAAGCACUGGCGGCAUGGACAUCGAGAUUCCAGCCAUCCCCAUCAACAAGAUGCCGUGUAAAUAUGCCUGGGCGUUCCAGCUGACUGGUAUAGGGAAUUGAUGAAGUAGGACCACAUAGAAGCUGGACUGGAGCCUUGUAAAAUCAAGUGUCCUGUUUCUCACACCCAAGCCAUAACAAAGCAAUGUUAUUUUUAAGAACUGUUGAGAAACACUCUUUCAUCUCCAGUUUUCAUGAGAAACAUGAAUAUUUGUUUAACUGCCCAAGCAACAGUGUGAUCAUUCAGUAGGUAUAUUAUAUUUCACCCACAAGGUAGUCUGAUAGGAUUUCUAGCCAUGUAAUCUUCCCCACCAGGAAGUGGGUCCUGGCUCCAUAUGAUGAACUCUGUGUACAGUGGAUAUACAUUUCUACAUGUGUGUAUGUUUUUGUUUAGAUGUGUACAUAUUUCUUUGACAUUCCAUUGGAUGGUAAAUGUAUGUCCUGUAUACAAGUCUCUGAUUGAACACAGUAUUUGGGCAUUAGUGGUGUCCAUGGGUAAAAGUCACGAUAUUCUUCAAACACAACAUGGAAGGACAUUUAUAAACAUGCCUACAAUUUGAACCAGUUUUGAAGAAAUAUCCAAAUGUGAUAUUUAUAAUAUCAUUUGAAUUUGAAAACAAAUACAUGCUAAUAUGCUUAUAAGGCUGUUCUAAUAGGCCUAUUUCAUAUACAGGUAUGUAACUAUUUAUUUCACAUGAUAUUGACUGUGGAAAUGUAGACACAUUCUGGACAGAUUGUACAUGCCAUACAUGAGAGAAUCUUGUGUCCUAUGAUUGUGAUCGUUGAACUGAAUCAGGCACUAUUCAACCCUUUCACGACUUCAUGUAUUUCUGUACUUAAACUUGCUUAUCAUAUUCACACCCAUUUUGACGUUUCUAAGUACAAACUGUAGUUUUGAAAUACAGACUAUAAUUAUUCAUAUAGCCUCAACUAAUUAAAUUACAUAAAUGAUUGGAAAACGUGUGUUUUUUUAACAUCUAUAUGUGAAAAAGAUGGAACUCUUGUAGUAGUUAUAUUCAAAAUAAUUAGGUAAAAAAGUGUUAAUUCAAAUUGCAUAGAUAAUCUUGUUCACCCAUAAAAGUUUCACUUCCUGUGUAGCACUGAACUGGCAACAUGUGACUUGAUAUCUCUGCAGAACAAUUAAUUUCAAAUUUUUAUUUAUACCAUUAUUUCACACUGGAGAAACAAAGGGGGAACCUCUGGUCAGCUGUGACAGACAGGGCUCCAGAUCAUUUUUCAACAUCAGGAGUACGUACUCCUUAUUUUUUCAGUAUAUGAGUACUGGAAAACAAUAAGAGUACAUUUAGAGUACUGAAUGGAUAUUAAUGGUGUAUAAUUAAACUUGUGCUUUGUUUCAUAUAUGUAUGACAGCAUUGUUACUCUGGUGUAAACGGUCAAUAAACAAUUAAACAAUA